UCAGUGCUCAUCUGCUUGUGCAAGCACAGCUCCAUUCUCCCGCCGCCCUGAGAGGAGGAAGCAGCAGCCCCUGCUGCUGAGGUGCUUCCAGCUCUCUGCAAGCGUGCAGGAGACAGCGUUCCCAAGGCCGGCUUGCUGCAGCUGAGGAGACAGCACUCAUAGACCCCCCUUUGAUUAGGAUGUGUCAGUGUUGUCAGGGCAACUGUUAACAGCGGCGUAUCAUAUUUUCUCCUCUUGUGUUGCGUGCUGAAUAUUUUAGCACGCUGGUUGCAGGGAAGAAGGUGCUGCAGCAAGGAACCUGGAGCGGUGGGCUGGGAUCUGAUUGAACAAGUUAAGACAGAGAAGAGCAGCAUCCAAACCAAUGUGCCUUUAAUUAGGGCUUUCCUUCAAGGUGGGGAAAGACUGCAAGCCUUUUGCUGCCGACUGGAUGUUGGUAUUUGUCAGCUGUUUGCAUACUGCUUAUCCAUAGGGGAUCUGUUACAAGUGCUGAAAUGAACAGGCAGCGUUGCAGCUAGUAGCUAAGCAGGGGCUGGAGUUUCUUACUUUUUUUUUUAAUAAGCAAGAGGCAACAGCAGCAUGCCUGGUUCAACUACUGCCCUCCGACAAGAGAGACUGAAGAAAAGUGCCAGGCCAAAUCCCCCGGGUUUAUUCACCAUUGAUGAAGAGGAUGAGCAGCAAAAGAACGGGAAUUCCAAAAGACUGAAAGCAGCUGAAGGUUCUGAAACACAAGACAAGAAAAUCACUUCAGGACAAAGCAACACUGGAACUAAACCAGAUCAUCCAACAGUACUAAAGGUUGAUGACAGGCAACGGCUUGCCAGAGAACGGAGAGAAGAACGAGAAAAACAGCUAGCUGCAAGAGAAUCCAUCUGGUUAGAAAGAGAAGAGAGAGCCCGGCAACAUUAUGAAAAACAUCUAGAGGAACGCAGAAAGAAGCUGGAAGAGCAGAGACUGAAGGAAGAGAGAAGGCGAGCUGCCGUAGAGGAAAAGCGAAGGCAGAGAAUAGAAGAAGAUAAGGAACGACAUGAAGCUGUUGUACGUCGCACAAUGGAGAGAAGCCAGAAGCCAAAACAAAAGCAAAACAGAUGGUCCUGGGGAGGAGCACUACAUAACCGCAUUAAUAACCCAGGUUAUUUUUUUGAAUCAUCAUUCACCUUUCUCGAUUUAGCAGGCCUGGAGCACCACUUCAGAUCUCAGGGUGGUGCUAGAAAACCUGAUCGAGACAGGCGGUCUGUUUCAACAAUGAACCUUUCGAAACAUGUUGAUCCAGUCAUUAACAAGCGGCUCUCCUCCUCAUCUGCAACAUUACUAAAUUCUCCAGACAGAGCUCGCCGUCUUCAGCUCAGUCCAUGGGAGAGCAGCAUUGUUAGCAGGCUCCUGACGCCCACUCACUCAUUCCUGGCCCGAAGUAAAAGCACAGCUGCAUUGUCUGGAGAUGCAGUUAUCCCCGUUUGUCCCCGUUCAGCAUCUUGCAGCCCCAUCAGUCCUCUGUCCUACAAGGCCAUGAACUUUAGGAAUUCAGGAGACCGAGCAAAGCUUUACGCUUCUACUGAUGCCGUUGGACGUAGGAGAACAACAACACACCUUCCAGGGACUGACAAAAAAGAAAAGGAGAGAGACUAUUUGUCAUCCAGCUUCUCGGCCAACUUUAAAGGAGGUUAUUUUACUUCCAACCCCAAAGCUAGAUCACCAGCUCCCUCUCCAGUUUGGCGUGCGUCAAAAUCUUUGCCUUUUUUGCCUGGCACACCCAAGCAGAUUACUUCCCCACCUGGUUCCUCCAAAAUUUCCUCUGCUCAGACACGUCCUCCUUCUCCUGGCAACAUCCGGCCACUCAAAAAAGAGGUCAAGCCAGAGGGUGAGAAGAAAAGACCAGAAAAAGAGGCUGGAAAGGCCAAUGAGGAGAGGACAGAAGAAAGUAAAGGAACUUCAGCAGGUGCUGGAGAAUCUUCAAGUCAGGAACAGCUCACUGUCCAGGCAGAGCCCACUCAAGCAGCCAGCCCAUCCCUACCUCCUGCUCCACCAGCUCUUGCUCCACCCCCAGCACCCCCCAAGACCUCUGCAGGUACAACUGACCCUGAAGAGGCAACAAGGCUGCUGACUGAGAAGAGGCGCCUUGCCCGUGAGCAGCGGGAACGGGAGGAGCAAGAAAGGAGAGAGAGAGAAGAGCUUGAAAGACAAAAGAAGGAGGAGCUGUCACAGAGGAUAGCUGAAGAAAGAGCUCGCCGAGAAGAGGAAGAAGCUCGCAGACAAGAAGCAGAAAAAAAAAGGAAGGAUGCAGAGGAGGAGCGGGAAAGGGAAGAACGGCUGCGCCGCCAGGCAGAAGAGAGGGAACAGAAGGAGAAAGAAGAGAUGGAGCGCAUUCAGAAACAAAAAGAAGAGGAAGCUCGCCUACGGGAAGAGGCAGAGCGGAUUCGAUUAGAACGUGAAAAGCAUUUCCAAAGAGAAGAGCAAGAGCGCUUGGAAAGGAAGAAGAGGCUUGAAGAGAUCAUGAAGAGAACUAGGCGUGUAGAAGCUGUAGAUAAGAAACCCAAUGACCAGCAAAAUGGACAUAUAUCAAAGACAAAUAUUACUGGAGAAGCAGGUAUUGUGUUUAACUGUGCCUUGAGCACAACAGCGAGUCCUGCAUCUCCCUUGGAACCUGCAGCAGGACCUCAGCUUCCGCAUGCAACAGAAUCUCCGCACAAUGGGACACCCACCGCCUGCACACAUGUGAUUGUUUCACACCAACCCGCUGUAAAUGUGGACAGCAAUCUCAAUCCAGAGAAAAACACAAAUGACAAUGGAAUGUCUAUGCAGAAUGAUAACUUUGAAGAGAUCAUAAACCUGCCUAUUGGUUCUAAACCAUCCCGGCUGGAUGCCAUGAACAAUGAUGGAAGCAAUAGUACCGAAAUUCCUUUGAAUCCAAUUCUAGCCUUUGAAGAUAAGGGGACUCUUUUGCCUCAGGUAGAUAGUGUUCAAACACAUCAAACAGCAGAAGUGAUCUGAUUGUUUCUUCUGAAGAACCAAAGGUGAUAUGAGCGUCUCUGCAGUCAGUGGAGUUUCUUCCAUGCUAUGAAGGAGUGUUUUAUUUUUUCUCUCCAGUUUUUUAAAGAUUUCUUGAAUAUCUUUUUUGGAAGGACUUUAGUAAAACCAGCAGAAGAAAUGAGGGGAAUAGACUUGGAUCACCUUUCUAAUAGCUUUCAUCACUAGAAAAAUCAUGCUUCACAUGCGUUACUUAAUAUGGCUAUUUCCAACAAGCUUUUUUUGUUAGUAAAUGGAAUAUUUCUGCAUUCCUUGAGACACCAGACACUGGAAUCUGAAAGUAAUGGGCUGAUUUGGGUGGUGGGACUGAUUCUUUUUUGCUUUUUUAAAAAAGGUGAGUGUUGGUUUAAAAGGCAUAAUUAUAAAAUUGGCAAAGAAUCUUUUACACUUUGUGGUUCUAAUACUUGAAAAAUAAAUGCCUCAUUGCUCUACAAGUAGAGCUAAUGGGGUGUUUUGUUUAAACCUAUUGGUUUAAAUGUUAUUGCAGAGAACUCUAAUUAUGGGGGCAAACUAUAGGCUUCUGUAUCAGGUUCUUGUAAAUGAAAUCCCUACAGGGACAUUCUGUAAAUUGAGAUGUCACUAUGAUCUUCUCACAUUUUCUCUAAAAACACAAAACAAGACAGGUUUUAAAAUGUGAAAAUUUGAAAGCGUUAUUUUUUCAUGGACAAGAGGAAAACCUAUUGUUCUUCUAGAUUAUGUAUUUAUGAAUUUUGCUCAGUACAGAAAUAAAUCAUUUAAUUGAAUAAAUUAGACAAAUGUGGUAAAAAGAUACUGCAAACUUGAUUUUUUUUUUGGUUACAUCCAUGUUCACAAACCUAUAAAAGAUGUGUAUGCAUAUGCACACAAACGUGUGCACACACACACAAGGAAAUACCUUAUUCUGAGUCCUGUAAGUUGCUGCUGUUCCCAAUGAUGGAAGACUUUUCCUUUGCCUUAUCAAACUACUGAAGACUGUGUGAAACCUGAAAUAUUUGAUUUUUGGAUGAUGCAGGUUUGGGAUUUUUUGGUUUUGCUCGUUUCAGAGCAAAUGGAAAAUGGUCAUUGUGCUUUUUAUGCAGUGUGUGGUUUUUAUAAAGCAGUGCAGUUUGAGUGAUAAGAGGAGCAAUGCAAGUUGCUUUCUCUUUAGUUUGAUGCUGAUUUCUACUGUCAUUGUUCCAUCCCUCACUUUCGGUUGUGUUGUGCAGAACUGUAAAAUUUUGCACGUUUUUGUGCUUUCCUAAACAAUGCUGUUGCAGGCAGAGCUCACUCUAGGCAUUUGAGUUUGAAGCAUCCAGGAGGGCUUGAGGCAUUGCUCUCUGAAGUCAGUGAGAAGAUCCUUGGCAAGGGAAAUGGAGGUUCACGGGGUUUCAACUCAUGCUAAGAGAGAAUGUAUCAUUAAGAUUCCUGUACUUGCCUUUAGUGAGCACUGAGCAAGGCCUCUAGGAAGCUGUGCAGAAAGUCUAUGCUAGCAGAAGAAAUCCUCUGAGACAAAAGCUGAAGAAUUUUUGAAGAAACUUCUGCUGCUGCCAAGUGUUCAUCUUAUAGAGGAGAUGGGAUAAAAGCAAUGGAAAUAAAAUGAAAGAGACUUCAUCUGCCAGAAUCUAUAUGGAAGGGAAAAAACCAGCCAUUCAGUCAGAAUGCUUUCAAUAGUAACUUGUGACACAGUAAAAUGAAUUGGGUUCCUUUCUUGCUUUCUUUAGUUUUCCAUGUACAUAGCCACAAUAUUUUGAAGUGUCCAAAAUAUGUAGUUUUUCUUUAAAACUAUAUAUAGCAUGUAAGUACCAAAUAAAACUUGUUUGAAAUAUUUA